AGCAAAUUUAAAUAAUUCUCUAUUUCGUAAAUCGCGAGUCGCUAGUUGUUGUUUCCCUUCUGGCUUUUCCCAGCUCCCAGGGCAGUUACUCCCCCAACCCAAAAAAAAAAAAAAAAAAGCAGUUUAUUUGGUUUCCGUACCAUGGAAGACUCUGCUGGAGGUGCGUCACUCCCGUCGGGACCCGACGGAAGGAAGCGGCGCGUGACAUACUUCUACGAGCCAACGAUCGGCGACUACUAUUACGGUCAGGGUCACCCGAUGAAGCCCCACCGGAUCCGUAUGGCACACAACCUCAUCGUCCACUACUCUCUCCACCGUAGGAUGGAGAUUAACCGUCCUUUCCCCGCCGGUCCCGCCGACAUCCGCCGCUUCCACACCGACGAGUACGUCGACUUCCUCAACUCCGUCACCCCCGAGGCCAUCUCUGACCCCACUUAUUCUCGCCAUUUGAAGCGUUUCAAUGUUGGAGAGGAUUGUCCCGUGUUCGAUGGGCUUUUCGGUUUUUGCCAGGCCUCCGCCGGCGGCUCCAUUGGUUCCGCCGUUAAGUUGAAUAGAGGGGAUGCCGACAUCGCCAUCAAUUGGGCCGGUGGGUUGCACCAUGCUAAGAAAAGUGAGGCUUCUGGGUUUUGCUAUGUUAAUGACAUCGUGCUUGGGAUUCUUGAGCUCCUCAAAGUUCACAGGCGUGUGCUGUAUGUUGAUAUUGAUGUUCACCAUGGGGAUGGUGUUGAAGAGGCAUUUUACACCACAGACAGAGUUAUGACUGUGUCUUUCCAUAAAUUUGGGGAUUUCUUCCCGGGGACUGGUCACAUCAGGGAUGUUGGGGUGGGCAAUGGCAAGUACUAUGCUUUGAAUGUUCCGUUAAAUGAUGGGAUGGAAGAUGAUAGUUUCCGGGGUCUGUUUCGGCCUCUCAUCCAAAAAGUCAUGGAAGUGUAUCAGCCAGAUGCAGUUGUUCUCCAAUGUGGAGCAGAUUCAUUGUCUGGUGACAGGUUGGGUUGCUUCAACUUGUCUGUGAAGGGCCAUGCAGAUUGUCUUCGCUUCCUUAGAUCUUUCAAUGUUCCUCUAAUGGUCUUGGGUGGGGGAGGGUAUACCAUCCGCAAUGUUGCCCGAUGUUGGUGCUAUGAGACAGCUGUUGCAGUUGGGGUGGAGCCUGAUAAUAGGCUGCCUUAUAAUGAAUAUUAUGAGUAUUUCGGUCCAGAUUAUACACUUCAUGUUGAGCCGGGCAACAUGGAGAACCUGAAUACACCUAGAGAUAUGGAGAAGAUAAGGAACACGCUAUUAGAGCAGCUUUCUAGACUCACUCACUCACCCAGUGUACCUUUUCAAACAACACCAUCUACCAUCCACCCCCCUGAGGAGGCAGAAGAGAACAUGGAUGAAAGACCAAAACCACGCAUAUGGAAUGGUGAUGAUUAUGAGUCAGACCCUGAAGAUGAUGAGAAACCUCUACGCAGAUUCUCAAAAUCUGAUGUCAAGCUGCCUACAACAGAUGCUGAAAUGAGGGAUGUAUCAGAAGAUCUGAAAGAAGUGAAAGCAGAAGAGCAGCCACCGUCUUGACACUGAAGGGACUUCUUAGCUUGUAGACUUCAUUGUACUUCAUCCUUGUCUUUGUAUAAUUUAAACUUGUGAUCUUUGUUCCAGUUGAGCGUUUUUUGACAUUUCCAGCAAGCAUACUUUGAUCCUUUUGAUGAGGUAUUAGACUAGUAAUUUUUGGUUA